AUGGACAAUCCCUGUGGUGAACCCAAUCAGGAUGCGCCGUCCAGGGAUCCGCGCAAGUCGACCGACCCAUUGACGUUUGAUCCUGUCCGCGCGCUUGAAGAAUUUGCCUCGCAUGUAGCAUCCAUCGCGACUCUCUCUGGAGAGCGAGCAAGACUCAUAAAGCGGUCACAAGCCGAGUCAACUGACCUACGCAAGGCGACUGAUCGUACUUUUCAAUAUCCAUCGGUUGCAAAACGCCUGAAAGCAGGCAAAGAGGAGCUUGAUAAUGAGCUUGCUAGAGUUGAUGAAAAGCUUCAUGUUCAGCGGACAAUGCAAGCGGAACUUAUCAAAGAACUAGCCGCCAAUUUCAACUGCCGGCCUCAAGAGCCUCCAAGUCAGCUUGACCUGGAACAUAUGAAAAGGGAUCUCCAGGAGACAAGGGCUGAGAUGCGGCGUCUCAGGGAUAUACAAGUCAGCAUUACAGCGACUCUAGAUUCUCUGAAACGCUCGGCUCAAAGUAAUGAAGACAAAAUCGCCUACAUUAAACGGUCGAAGAGCUCGGUAGAGACGGAGCUAACCAACCUCAGAUCGGAACUAUCCACCAGACAGGAUCACUGGAAUGCCAUCGAAUCUAUGGUUACGAAUCAAGCCAAGUCCAUUGAACUAAGGGACCUGCAGCAACAGCAAACAGACUCCCAUUUGAAAUUACUUAGGGAUGAACGCAAAUCGGCAGAGCUGACUACAAAAGCUCACGAGGAAGAUUUUUCUAAACGCCUUGACAACCUUGAUCGCAUGGUUAUAGAGUACGGGAAGACAUGCAAGGAGUUAAGUGAAAAAAAAGAGUCUCUGAUGCGAUCCCACUUCGAACGAAUCACAAAUGGAGCCCCUGCGGUCAGUGCCUCUGUCGAGGUGAGGAAUCAGAUUCAGAACCUUCGGCAAAUUCAAGAUGCCAAGGAUGAAGCCAUAGCAGAUGAACUUGAUAAAUAUGAAUCGAGAAUUGCUCGCUUAGAAGAGGUAGUAAGCAAAUUAAAGCAAAUGGGUGCACAAAACGAAACGAGCAGUCAAGCAUUGGGUAUUGGGACGCCUCAUGUAAACGCCGAACUCGAACGGUUAUGGCAAGCAAUAAACGGGUUAAAUCAACAGGUGGACAGUCGACUCCAGCGUGUUGAGAACCAGUCACGCGUGGUAGAGGCACAUCAAAUAGCCCUCCAUUCGCUUGAAACACGCUAUAACCAUCUGUCCACUGAGCCAAUUGUUCGGCAGAUGGUGGUAGCGAUGCAGGAAAUGUACCCGCAUGCUAGCACUGUGCAGCAGGAGAUUCCAAAUAUCCACGAGAAAACAAACAAACUGGCAUCCGAGCUCAACUCCGUACGUAACGAUAUUAGUACCGCAGAAAGUGCACGAAGAGCGUUAAUCAACGACAUGACUGCGGAAAGAGAUCAAAUGACGCAGGAAAUCAGUUCUCUUAGGUCCAGGAUCGAUGAAAUUGGAAGCGUGCGGUCGAAGGCUGACGAACUUGAGAAGGCUUUAACAUCGAGAAUGGACGAAGUGGAAAAUGUUGUAGCUACCAACCUUGCGUCCGUGAUGCUCAACUUUGACAAGCGAACAUCGCCUCCAAAGUCAUGA